UAAGCAGGUGUUGGUUUACCCGCGGAAUCUUUUAAUUGCGCACCUUUCGGAGUUGUUGAUGGGAGAGCCCCAAGAAUAGCGCAGCCGAUUGAUAAAAGCACGUGGCCUCCACGUCACACGAACCUCAGCACCUCGGACAGCAGCCUCCGUCAUUUUCCCGAAAGAUGCUCUCAGUAAUAAACUGCGUUGACUGUACAGAUAAAGAAAUGUGUUUUCAGCUGAAAAACAACUGAACCUCAAUUCUCAAAGUCCUGGAGAUCCGGCCAUAAUGCUACAGCUUCAUAAACGUCUGCUCUCGGCUCAUUUUACGUUUUGCAGGAUCUCACACCCGUUCCCUCCUCCUGAUGUGUGGCACAGAGAUGGAGGGAGACGAACAGAAAACUGGACCCGCUGAAGGAGUAAAGGUGUGGGCCGAUCCUCAAAAGAAAAGGACUAUGGUGAAAUAAUGGAUGCCACCGCGAGACAACAAAGGAUGCACGCUUCACCAUCACCUCGUGGAUUUCAUAUCUCCUGUAGGAAAAAUAGAGUCUCAAAUACUAAUCGGCUUUAACUUAAUUUUAAUAGGAUUUAAUAUCAACCCCCCAAUCAGAUAUCCUUGCUGUUUUUUCGCAUGAGGAAGAACUGCCACCAACAUUUUGCCCUCAGCUCAUUUAAAAACACCAAGAAAACACUAGGACAGCCUGACAAUGAAGAAUCGGACUGAACAUGCAAUGGGAGGAUGAUGUUGGACCCUUCAGAUUUUAAUGCUGGUGCCUGACAGUGCGUGGCUUUCAGCCUUCAUUGGCUGUGUCCGUGAGAAAUAAUGCUUCCCUAUUGGCUGGAUAGAGGUGCACAUGCUAUAACAACAGGAUAUGCAAGAGCUAUGGGCUGAUCUAAUAGCCUAUCAUGUUUCCAGCACGCUGUUUUGACCGAGAUCUGUAUUUUAUUUAAUGUGAACUGCCUACUUGAAUCAAAUGGUUCGGAUGCUAUAAUAUUAAUAUUAGCCUAAUACUAAUAAUAAUAAUAAUAAUAAUAAUAAUAAUAAUAAUAAUAAUAAUAAUAAUAAUAAUAAUAGGCCUAAUAACCAUAAUGGUCAUUUAUAAUGGACCUGCCACUGUCAAGCUGAAGGCUGUUUUUAUCUCACGGAUGUUUUUCAAUGAACUUAAAGUGUUGUUACUGAUGCGCUCUGGACCAAGCAGGAGGACUGACACACACCCGGAUACACACAACAGGAUGCGAGGGCUCGCCAUAGGAGGCUGUGGUUGGCCGCCUCUGAGCUGCUCUCACCGGGACGAUGAGGAGGAAUAUUACGGCUCUGAGUCCCGGCCACGCAGUCUGGCAGUGGAGGAUACGGAGGAAGACAAACACGAGGGAGGAGCAGGCCUGGACGCGGCUUCCCUGCCGAGUCUCUCAGAAAGCGGGACGCGGUCGCCACAGUGCCUCUGCUUCCAGGGCCCGGAGAAGGGAGAGCUGCUGAGCCCUUGUCGCUGUGCUGGCUCUGUGCGCUGCACUCACCAGUCCUGCCUUAUCCGCUGGAUCAGCGAGAGAGGCUCCUGGAGCUGCGAGAUCUGCUACUUUAAGUACGAGGUCCUGGCCAUCAGCACCAGAAACCCACUGCAGUGGCAGGCCAUCUCUCUGACUGUGAUUGAGAAGGUGCAGAUUGCAGCCAUUAUUCUGGGCUCUUUGUUCCUCAUCGCCAGCAUCUCCUGGUUAGUGUGGUCCUCUCUCAGCCCUUCAGCCAAAUGGCAGCGACAGGAUCUCCUCUUCCAGAUAUGCUACGGCAUGUACGGCUUCAUGGACAUAGUUUGCAUAGGCCUUAUAAUCCAUGAAGGAUCGUCUGUUUACCGGAUCUUUAAACGCUGGCAGGCGGUGAACCAGCAAUGGAAAGUGCUGAACUAUGAGAAAGCAAAGGACUUAGGAGACCCCAUCAGUUCCAGCAGUAAAGUUCGAGUUGAGAGGAACUAUGACGGCGGACAGAGGGCGAGUAGACAUGUCAGGACUAUUCUCAACCACCACUGUGGCUACACCAUUUUACACAUCCUCAGCCAGUUAAGACCCAACAGCCUGCGCAGAGACAACCAUGAGGUGGUCAUGAGGGUGACCACAGUAUGAGUCCGGGCUACAUGGACAAACGUGCUCUGAUGUUUAGGAAGAAGGUCAACGUGUUGAUUGGGAUUUCAUUUUCUUUCAAAUCCUUAUCUGCCACAUAAACACUGAUGGUUAUUUUUGGUUGCACAGCAUCUCCCUGAGCUCAAAGUUGACCAUGAGAUAUAUUUCUGAGAUUUGGGCAAAAGGAGAGUGUUGCAGUGUUUAUAAACAAAGACUGUGAACACAUGACAACUAAUAAAAAUGUAAACCUUUUGAAAAAGAACAUUUUUUGAUUAGUAGAGCUUUUACAUUUUUUUUUUUACCACCAUGACCAAUUUUCCUUUCCAAAGAAAAAAUAAAAUGAAUGUCAUUUCGUUUGAUUUGGAUUUUACUCUAUAAUAGAGGGUUUAUUGGUGAAAAUGAUUGUGCUCCUAUCAACAUGUUCCUGAGGGUCUGCCAUGACCUGAAAGAUGUUUCACUUGAAGCAGCAUCGAUGGAUCAAACAUUAAAUAAGAAAUCAACUCUGAGAUGCGACACAAUUGCUUGAACUUUAAAGUUAAAAGUACAAUUCAUGUUUUUGUAAUAAAGAUGUUGUUGAUCUCAACGAAAAA